CUUAUACUAAUGAACAAAAACUCAAUCAUCUUAUAGACGGCCGUAUCCUUAUCUGAUUCGUCAAUUUAAUAUAAAUAUUAUACAGAGUAUAGACACCUACCUCGGUAGUCCCAGCCACCGACCUUCAGCCCCCCAUCCUCAAUUCAAGGAAGACCGAAAGCGCUGAGCAUUUGAAAGAACUGGAACGAUUAAAUGGUUGCUAUGGGAUUAAGUAAGGGAAAUCAGACGGGGGUGCAGCAGCCCGCCAUGAGCGAGGAGGAUUUCAGCUGCGUCGAUGUUGCGGAAUUCGAUGCUAUAUCCAUCAAUUUGAAGCCGAAGCCUUCUGAGAAAUAUCCUGGGAAGCUACACGCUCAAUCAGUCGCAAAGCGACUUGGUUCCAAGCAGGGCCUCAUAUACCUGCCGUCAAAGAAGUCAUGUAACUAUGAGGACUCUGAUCAGGAGGUUUUUUUCCGGCAACGCCGCUACUUUUAUUACCUGAGCGGUGUCGACCUGCCGAACUGUGUUGUGACCUACAACAUUGAGAAAGAUAGUCUCACUCUCUUCAUCCCGCCUCCAAACUCAGGCACCUCGGUCAUUUUCAAUGGAUCCAGUCCAACGCCCGAAGAAAUCAAAGCUAAAUAUGACUUUGACGCCGUCGAAUUGACUACAGCUCUGCCUGAUUUCCUGACCCAUUUCGCCCACCGGGAAAAGGGCAUGAUAUACGUGCUACACCCCUACCAGAUCCCACCCAAGUCGACAAUCAUGCAGAGCAUUACCCUCGAGGAUGGAUGCCAGAGCAAUCUCUAUAUCCCGCCAUGGGAGACCUCCAAGCUCCAACCCACAAUGGAUGCCGCUCGGACGAUCAAGAGCCCCUACGAACUCAAGAUGAUCCGCAAAGCCAACGAGAUCUCAGCCCAGGCACAUCUCAACGUCCUCCGUGGCAUCAAGCACUUCAAGAACGAAGCCGAGGUGGAGGCCGUCUUCGCCGCGACGUGUAUCGCGCGGCAGGCCAAACGACAAGCCUACGGCAUCAUCGCCGGAGCGGGCGAGAACGCAAGCACUCUCCACUACGUGGCCAACAACGAGCCGCUGGAAGGGCGCCAGCUUCUCUGUCUCGAUGCCGGGUGCGAAUGGGACUGCUACGCCUCGGACGUCACGCGGACGUUCCCCAUCUCGGGGGCCUUCACACCUGAAGCGCAAGCCAUCUAUGACCUCGUGGCGCAGAUGCAAGAAGAAUGCAUCGCAAUGUGCAAGCCCGGCGUCAACUUCCGCUCUAUACACCUGCACGCGCAUGCCGUUGCUGCCGCAGGGCUGAUGAAGCUCGGCCUUUUGCAUAACGGGACGUUUGACGAGAUCUUCAAGUCUGGCGCAUCUGUCGCUUUCUUCCCGCACGGCCUGGGCCACUUCCUCGGUCUCGAAGUCCACGACGUCGGCGACGGCACCAACAGCCUUCUCUCGACGCACGCCAAAUCCUGGCUCACCAAUUUCCACUCGAUCCUCCAGGAUCCCAGCUCUUCCUCCGUCUCCGUCCUCGCUCCUAACAUGGUCAUCACUAUCGAGCCUGGAAUGUAA